CGCACAUUCUGUACAACUGAGAAUUGUGCUUUUUGUAUAAAGUAUAAAAUUAAAGGAAUUUCUGGCCUAAUCGUUAUUUUUACGUCCGAUACUUAAAGCAUAACAGUGAGAUGGUUAAGCAAAUCAGUUUAGCGGAAGUAAAAGAACAUAAUAAAGCUUCCGAUCUUUGGGUGGUAAUCGAGAAUAAGGUGUAUGAUUUGACAAAAUUUCGUGAUGAGCAUCCUGGCGGGGAGGAAGUGCUAGUUGAAGUAGCCGGUCGUGAUGCGACAAAAGAUUUUGAUGAAGUCGGUCACAGUCAAGAUGCAAAGGACAUGAUGAAGAAAUAUUGCAUCGGUGAAUUGGAAGACAAAAAUACUGAGAUGCAACUGCCAGUCAGCGAUUAAGCAAAAUGUUUGGCUUGAAUCAUAACUUGUGCUACGAAACAAACCUUCGAAACGAUAAUAUGCAGCUUACAAACAAUGUUUCGUUUGAUAAAAUUUCUCCGUCGUAUCGGAUUCAGCAAAAGUCAAGUAUUUUGAUGUUUGAUAAAGGGAACAAGUCUGUUGAUCGUCCUACAUUUUUAGCGAAGAAAACCCAAAUGCAAGGAGAGAAGUCGAGUGUUGAUCCCGUAUGUCACUGCAAGAAGUUAGAUGAUGACUGUAAGUUGAGGUGUGGCAUCGCUGUAAAUUCUUCAAAAAAAAAAAAGUUUUUUUUUCGCAUAAUAGACCCUUCGAAUCUUCUGGAAUAUGCGGAAAAAAAUCGAUAUCUGAAACAAAUGUUUUACUUAAAAUUUCGGCUUUUUCGUUAAGCACUGUCGGAAGGCUGCCUCUGCGAAAUGAGUCGAUACUGCGAAACGGUACUCCAAUGCCGUAGUUGUCGAUUUCCAGCUUCUCUCAGACAUUCAGAGACAUUUUAAAAAAUUACUUAGCGUAGCUUCCCCCAGACGAUCGUCGAGUAGCUGCGAGGUUAAUAGCGGCUCACAAGCUGGGAAGUUUUGGAGAAAGUUAUCGGUGUUGAUUAAGAAUUCGGCUAUCAAAUUAUACGUGAAAAGUGCGAUUCUGCUUUUGGUAGAUACAGGAUAAUAGGCACUUUCAAGCAGAAGCCGUCAAGGAAAGAGGAUGAGGAAGAAUAUUUCUAAUUAAAAAAAACAUGUAUAACACAUUUGAAAAUUUGAAGAACGUUUUUUUUUCGAAACACGGUAUUCUUAAAUGGUUCACGAAAAAAAUCCGCAACAUUUUUGGCUCGGUUCUUAGCCAAUGAUCGCCCAAUCGCGUGAAUAUAUUUUUUAAGUAUUCAAAUAUGAACAAACAACACACGAGAAGCCCGUUAUGUCGCCAGUUUUUAAUAACAAUAUUUUUCAGAGAAAUCCCACCGAAUAUUAUUAUUGUAAUCACUUUCCUCUUUAGAUUGUUACAGUGAUGCUACCCCUUAAUUUCAAAUAUCUAAAAUGCUUGAAUUAUACUUAUUGUUAUGCUACACUCGUCAUCAAUCACGAUUUUAGUAAAACUACUAAGCUUGGCUUAAAAAUGCUCAUUGCAGCAAUAUGAUAUUGAAAAUAAUAUAAUAUAUAUAUCUCGAGUAAAAUUCUUGUUAUUCUUUGAGCAACUCAAGGGUUGUGGGUACAAAUCUCAAAUUGCGGUAGAGUUUUUAAUAAAGCCGACAGCCUUGAAUGCUAGUACUUAUCUGGCUAAAUCAAUAAUAAUAAUAAUAUAUAUCCUAUCCUUUUCUCUUCUAAAAUGUUUGUACAAUAAAUAUCGCUUCUGCUGCGCUUUAAUAACCAUUUCAUUUAAUACGUAAAAUAGUAGUUUUUAAGCUUCUGACUACUGCUUGAUGCAUCAAAAUUUACUAUUUUAUUUAUGAAUAUUAUUGAGAAAAGACAAAUGCCUAUGCAUCGGUUUUCAAUUGCAGAACGUGUAUUCUAAAAAAUACGCGAUAUGUCAAAUUUAAUCGUGUUAACUAACGGAAGACACGUGAACAAAACAAAAAACAAAUAAUUGUUUCCCCAAUACAAACAAUUUCUCAGUCUCCGUCCGUAGCAAAUCAUAGCAGCGUUGGGAAAUGCAUGUAAUAAGCUUUCGUCGAAGCUUUUUCUGAUCCACAGUUUAGUCCAGGUUCCACACCCACUCAUAAUAAAGAAAACAACAAGAAAAAUGUAAAUGUAUAAUUUAGGUUGGAGUGCAUAUCACAAAUGAUUUAAUCAUAUGCACCAAUCUGCAUGUUGGAAUCGCGAUUACGAUCUGUAAGGAAAAAUGAAUGUACGAGGGGUAGAAGCGAAAAUUCGAACUCUGUCUUUUGAAAGUUGUUAAUGUAGUACGGUUCCAUUUGCUGUUUUUCCAUCCGAUUAUUGUCUAGUUUUAAGCCAACAUUUAUGGAUUUAUGAAGUCAAUCAAUAGAUUAAAAAAGAAAAUAGCUUUUAAAACGAAUAUUUCUUUGAAGUAAGCCUUAAAUUUGGAAAAGGAAUAAGAAAGAAGUAGGACGUGAGUGGUAGCAGUUUUUCAUUAAUAUGCAUUCACAUUUGACGCAUAGCCUUUAGAGUAGAUGUCAGAUGCAUGCGUAUUAUCCUUUUAUUUUCGGCAUGGGGACGAAAGAAGAUCAUCUGUCUCGCUUUUUCUGUCUUUCUUUUGCUAAUGUCACCUUUGUUGCAUCGUUUUUCUAUUUACCGCUAAUUGCAAACAUUUUCCAAUUAAUUUGUGUGAAAUAUUUCCUUACGUUUUUGUUGCAUUUAAUUUUAUCUUCCUAAAAUUUUUUUUUUAAUUUCUUUUUGGUUUCUUUUUUAUGCUUUUCGUCCUAACUACACGAAUAACGAAU